CCUGUGUUUACUUGGGUAAGCGAAUAGUAGGUACUGACAAGUUUCGGAGGAAGCUAACUGAUAUGUUGGAAAAAUUGGAUGAGGUUAAAACCACCGCUGAUACCUUGUUCAAAUUGGUUAGUUUUGAUAGUGCUACUGCAAAACUGCUCCCAGUCACACGGUCACGUGUAACUUCCCCUUUGAAAGAAGAGAACCACAUAUAUGGUCGAAAAGAUGAGCUUGAUAAGCUGAGAGAUCUGUUGCUUGUGCCGAGUGACAGUAGCGCACCUGGACCUAGUAACUCAUGUAUUCCUGUCAUAUCCAUUAUUGGUGUUGGUGGGAUCGGGAAGACGAGUCUAGCACAAUUAGCUUUCCGAGAUGAAAGGAUACGUGCGAACUUUGGUCUUAGGAUUUGGGUUUGUGUGCCCGACGUUUAUGAUGAAAUGAGAUUAACAAGGGACAUUUUGGAAACUUUAACAGAUGCAAAUUAUCGAAGCGUUACUGAAUUUUCUGAAUUGAAGAAUGCUCUUCAAGAAAAGAUAAGCGGUAAGAAUUUUCUUCUCGUAUUAGACGAUGUUUGGUAUGAUGAGAGCAGAACAAAUUGGGAGAAUGAAUUAGUGUGGAGCAAAGUUUUAUCAACAUUGAAUACUGGACUGGGAGGCUCUAGAAUUUUGGUGACAACUCGAACAAACAGAGCCAGUGAACUCCUACAUGCCGGGACAUCUUUACCUUUAGGGGGAUUGAAUAGAGAUGAAUACUGGAUGCUAUUCAAAUGCUGCGCCUUUGGUGAGAAACAUCCUGGACUGUUUCCAGAACUUAAGGAAAUAGGAGUGCAGAUUGCUGAAAGAUUAAAUGGUUUGCCUUUAGCAGCGAAGGUAAUCGGCCGCCUAUUAAAUGUUGAUUUAGAUUCAAGUCAUUGGAAGAAAGUGCUAGAGAGUGACAUAUCAGAUGAUGUUUUGAAGGUUCUCAGGUUGAGUUACCAACACUUGCCCAUCCACUUGCAACUGUGCUUCAGCUUCUGCAGCUUAUUCCCAAAGAACUGGCGUUUUGACCCCAAGAGGCUUACAGACAUGUGGAUUUCACAGGGCUUUGUUAAGAAGGAGGAUGUGUCUGACAAUGACAUGAAUGUUGAGGAUGUUGCUAAGGGCUACUUUAAUGACCUUGUACAGAGGUCAUUCUUUGAGAGAUCUUUGUUAAACCUCCCAAUAGAGUAUGUCAUGCAUGACUUGAUCAAUGACCUUGCCAGGAAUGUUUCAAAGGACGAGUAUGCCAGAAUUGAGAGUGAGAAGCAAAAGGAGAUCCGACCAAACAUUCGCCAUUUGUCUAUAUCGGCAAAUUUGUUGGACGGUGUGAAGAAAGAAGAGAUGAAAAAUCUGCGCACCUUGAUUGUUUGGAGCAAAUCAUGGUCUUGCUGGGAAUUGUCCCUUCCAAAUGAUGUGUUCAGGAAGUCCAAACAUAUCCGUGUGCUAGACUUGACUGGUUGUUGCUUGGAGAGGCUGCCAACAUCACUGAAAAAACUGAAACAUUUGCGCUAUCUCGCUUUUCGGGUUCCUGAAAAGCCCUUGCCCACAUCAAUGGUCCAACUUUAUCACCUAGAGGUUCUAGUCACAAGAGGUCACUCUUGUCGAGAAAGUGAAUGUGUCAAGCUUCCAAUAAACAUGAAGAAGAACCUACUCAAAUUGAGAAAAGCUUACCUUUUUAAUGAUGGGGGUGCAAUGAUAUCUGGUUUUGGUGGGCAAACUCUUCUGCAUGGCCCAGGGGAAUUCCAUGUCAAGAAGGAGACUGGCCACAGACUUGGAGAGUUAAAGGAGAUGAACAGUAUCCAAGGCAAAUUAAGUAUUAGGUUUCUUGAGAACGUGGAACAUCGGCAACAGGCUGUCGAUGCCCACCUAGAUUGUAAAAAGCAUGUGCGACACUUGCAGUUAGAGUGGAGUGAUCUCCCAAGGCCUAUUACUUCUGAGUUGGAUUCUGAUGUUCUGGAGGCCCUUAGACCUCACCGUGAUCUUGACCGGCUGAAUAUCACAGGUUAUAGGGGAGUGGGUUCACCCUCUUGGUUUGAGACAAAUUGGAUGCAAGCACUGACUUCUGUAGUGCUUGAGAACUGCAAGGGUUGGGUGCAAUUGCCCCCUCUUGGACAGCUUCCUCUACUGACGUACAUUGUACUGAGAAACAUGCAUGCUGUUAGGCAGAUAGAUGAAGAAUUCUAUGGGAACGGUGACACAAAGGGAUUUCCUAAGUUGGAAGAAAUAGUAUUUGAUGGCAUUCCCAACUGGGAGAAAUGGUCUGGAAUUGAAGAUGGUUCAUUGUUUCCAUGUCUGACAAGACUCUACAUCGCUAAGUGCCCUAAGCUUCAAGAAGCACCACACUUAAAUACAAGACCAAAAGUUGAAGUGGAGAUAACAUCGGAUUCCCUACCAAGUUCUUGUCUAUUUGACUCCCUAAUGGCAUCAGCCUCGUAUCUGAUCUUGCGAGUCAACUGCUGCAGCUUCUUGAGUAGCCUGAAUACUGACCAACUUAGCCAUGUUGAGGAGCUGAACGUGAAGAGCUGCACAGAUCCAAUGCCAGCUGGUGGAUUUGUCGGACUUAGCUCCCUUAAGUUGCUCAGAAUCAGCAACUGUUCAGCAUUACUAUCGUCAGUUAGUGCAGGAGCAGAUGAAUAUCGUGACACAUGCUUUUUCCCUCCAUCACUUUGCCAUCUUGAAAUAGUUGAUUGCAAUAUUCUGUCCAGUCUGUUGCCAAGAUACUUGCAAGGCCUAACUAACCUCUCCACCCUGGUGAUUAAUAGCUGUGACUCUAUGGACUUGUUAUCGUUUGCUUAUGGACCCCACCACCUUACUGCUCUAGAAACCAUUAUCAUUAAAGAGUGUCAUUUCCUAGCCUCAUUGGAUGGGUUUGAAAAUUUAAUUGCCCUCAGGAAGUUAGUGGUAGCAGAAUGUAACAAUUUCUGCUCCUUGCCAGGUGACCUGAAUGCAGUGAUAUCGCUCCACACAUUAGCAAUAUAUGGGUGCCCAAAGAUGACAUUUCUCCCCCAGAAUGGCAUACCAACUUCUGUACAGAUAAUUUUGUUGUCACGAUUGGAUCCGGAAUUAGACAGGCAGCUUCAAAGGAGGGAAGGUACUGAAUGGCACAAGAUUGCUCAUGUUCCUGAAAAGAAACUAGAGUUCUUUGUAAUGACUGAUUGUUCUCGAUGUGGGGUAUGCCUUCCUGAACCACUCUAAUACAUUUAGUUCAACCAAAUAACAAGUCAUGCUUCGGAAACUCAUGUAUGGGCAGUAUUACCUUUGCAGUUUAUCAGUGCCAAACUGCCAAUUAAUUGUGUAGAAGCACAUAUUCCUUCUCAAGUUGUUCAAUUGUUGCUCGGAAAAAGCUGAAUCAUCUGAUUACGAUGAAACUUCCUUCGGGUACAUCUUUCGCUAUGCUGGCCGGGUGGACGGAAGAAUUUUCAAGCUGAAUGCUAUGGACCAAUUUGAAUGGUACGGAAUAUCCUGUAAAAUACUAAAUGUUGUAUGCGUCUUAGUUUUUUUUUACCGUCUUUAAAAAAGUAUCUAAAAAUUUAGAUUUUUU